AUGAUGAUGAAGAACACUAGUGGAUCAUUCGGGUAUGCACAGAUAGAGAAGGAAGAUCCAGAAGAUAUGAAACACAGAAAAGCUCAGUUCAUGAUUUACAAAACUAUGAAAAAAGCUGAUGUUGCUGUUUCUUCUUCUUCACCAUCGAGUAAUCCAAUAAGGAUUAGGAUUUGUAGGUUGAAGAUUAAGUUUGGGAAUAAACUGAAGAGAUUGAGAAAGAGCUUGUUAUACAGCAUUUCAUCAACGGUUAAUACUAGAGUUUGUGCUUACAAGCAAUUCAUCAAUCAGUUGAAGAACUUGAAACGUUUGGUUCGUACUAAACAGAAUCUGCCAACCACUACUACUAAAACUUCUCAUCAACCAAUUUUCCUUGCUUCGUCUCUCAUCUAA